UGAGAAGAUUGGAGAAGAGAGCAGCAAAACGGUGCGGAUUGAGAAAGGGAAGAAAAGCUUUGAAUUUAAUUUCAGUUGAGUUUGCUUAACGCUUUCACUUUCAGCGAGCGAGAUCUUUGUCUCUUCUCUUGCUUCCUUCUUCAAUUCAUCUCCGAACCGCGUUUCUCUUUUUGACUCUUCCCCUCUCUCUUUCUCUCUACUCAGUAAGAAUGUAUACUAAUAUUGGUAUGCCACCGGGGGUACCUCAGCAUCAUCCUCAACCUCCAAUGAGCUCGCAACCUAAUCUGUUCGGGAAUGCAUUUAAUUCUGCUGGUUCAGGACUCAUUCGAGGUGGAUUGGGUGCGUAUGGAGAAAAAAUAUUAGGAUCAAGCUCUGAGUACGUCCAAAGCAAUAUAAGCCGGUAUUUCUCUGAUCCCCAAUACUACUUUCAAGUGAAUGACCACUAUGUUAAGAACAAGUUAAAGGUCGUGCUGUUCCCAUUCUUGCACCGGGGUCAUUGGACUAGGAUUACUGAACCAGUGGGAGGUAGGCUCUCUUAUAAACCUCCAAUUUAUGACAUAAAUGCUCCUGACUUGUACAUUCCAUUAAUGGCAUUUGGUACCUAUGUUGUUCUUGCUGGCAUCUCAUUGGGUCUUCGUGGAAAGUUUAGUCCUGAAGCUUUGAACUGGUUAUUUAUCAAGGGAUUGGUUGGUUGGUUUAUGCAAACAGCACUGCUUAAAGUUACUUUACUUUCAUUAGGCAGUGGGGAAGCACCUCUAUUGGACAUUAUAGCGUACGCCGGAUACACUUUUCCUGGCUUGUGUUUGGCUGUUUCUGGAAGAAUAAUAUGGAGUUACUCCUACUACUUUCUGAUGCUGUGGACCUGCUUAUGUAUGGCAGUGUACUUGGUUAAAACAAUGAAGAGAGUCCUUUUUGCAGAAGUUAGGAGUUAUGAUUCAAGCAAACACCACUAUCUCUUGCUCCUCAUUGCUUUGGCUCAGUUCCCAUUGUUCACAUGGCUUGGAAACAUUACUGUCAAUUGGCUAAUAUAGAGUGAUAGCAUUUACACUGUACUUGGAAGCACUUGGUGAUUUUUUUUGGUUAACUUUGGAGAACAGUAAUACAUGGGCUUCUUUUUUUUUUAGUACUUUAUUUUCUGCAUGGACGAUUACCCUGACUCACCAUUAAGUUGGGUUUUUUUAUGGGUCACUUUUGAUAAUGGUUCUCGACGGAUUCUAGCCAGCAAAACCAUCUCAGGUCUUGCACAGUGCAAAAAGAUUUUUAUGCCGUUGGAUAUGAUAGCAAAUUUGGUUAAUGACAGAGAUUGUUCGGAUGUAACUUACUAACAAAGUACUGAAUAAAUAAGUGAUAGCGCACGCGGUUCGAUCUUA